UCAUCAUACCAUACCACUCGAGUCUCCCAUCGAAUUGUAUGUUGUGGACAUUAUUAUAUCGAGAGCUCGCUCUUGAAUCUCCGCAGUCGACACCCGUAGCGUCCGAGGCGAGGAAGUGGGGCAGCGGGCGCCCCUCUCCCUCUAGGAUUCGUCACCUUUUGGGAUGCGUCGGCUCGCCAGGAGAUCGGAAACUCUCCAUCUCUUCUCUGCCUCCGGGUCCGAGUUCCUUCUCCAAAACCGGGUCUUUGCCGCUCUGGGAGCGAACAUCCAAGCUUUCUGUUCCUGAUUCCACCCGGAUAGGUCCCGGAUUUUAUCGAGUUUGAAUUCUGCGUGGAGAUCCUUUCUUUCCGCUGGGAUUCGCUAUCUCUCUUCUCUAUUGGCUAAUCAUAUCCGCUUUGGGUGGGUUAUCCGGCACUAUUGGUGGUCAGCAACCCACUUAGAUGGUGGUAUGCAGAGCUAGUUUCAGAAAUUUGGCAGUUCCAGCGACCGGUCUGAUCUAUAUAUCUUCCAGUAGGAGGCUUUUCAGGAGUUGGGGGAGGGAUCUGAGCCUGAAACCAGCCUUCUGUCACUGGAACAACCGCAAAUUCAGGGCGUCUGCGAAGAUGAUGUUCGAUUCGAGCGCAUCUAUGGGACCUCAAGCUAUCGUCAAUGUGUUGCAGGAAAAAGACCGCGGUGGAGAUGGAGAUUAUGUGAGCGGUGGAUGGAAAAGUGAGGAUGGAAGAUUGAGUUAUGGAUAUUCAAGUUUUAGGGGAAGGAGAGCAAGCAUGGAGGAUUGUUGUGAUGUUAAAAUAUCUAACAUCAAUGAGCAAUCUGUUAGCCUCUUCGGAAUAUUUGAUGGUCAUGGUGGAUCUCGUGCUGCUGAAUAUUUGAAGGACCACUUAUUUGAAAACCUUAUGAAACAUCCACUGUUCAUGACAGACACAAAAUUGGCUAUUAGUGAAACAUAUCUUAAAACUGAUUCAGACUUCCUGGAAGCUGAAAGAAUUGCUUUCAGAGAUGAUGGUUCUACCGCUUCAACAGCUAUUUUUAUCGGAAACCAGUUAUAUGUAGCCAAUGUUGGUGAUUCACGGGUUGUGAUGUCAAAGGCAGGCGAAGCAAUCGCUCUUUCUGAUGAUCACAAGCCAAACAGAAGUGAUGAGCGCAACAGAAUUGAAAAUGCUGGUGGCUUUGUUAUGUGGGCUGGUACAUGGAGGGUAGGGGGUGUACUAGCAAUGUCACGUGCAUUUGGUAACCGCCAUUUGAAGCAGUAUGUCGUGGCAGAACCUGAGAUUCAGGAAGAAGAGGUUGAUCAGGAAUUGGAGUUGCUUGUUCUUGCAAGUGAUGGACUGUGGGAUGUCGUCACAAAUGAGGAUGCUGUUUCCAUUGCAAGAAUGGAGGAAGAACCAGAAGCCGCAGCUCGGAAGUUGACAGCGACCGCCUUUUCUCGCGGAAGUGCAGACAACAUCACAUGCAUUGUGGUGAGACUCCAUCACGACCGACUCGCUGUAGAUUCCACAUCGGCUAGUGAGAGUUGAUCAUUUGGUUUUGUUCUUGCCAGCUUAUAUCAACCUUUUCCUUAUAAUGUCUGCAUAUGGACGAUUUCAUGAACUCGGAUUUGGUGUUUAGGUAACAAAACUUUCGCGUAUGAGAUCCUAUUAGUUGACUUGUAUGAAACCUCCACCCGGUUUGCAGUUUUACUUGAGCUGAUAAAAUCAUAGGAUAUGAUUUGAGAGGUAAUCAAAGUGCCAAUGAACCCAUCGAUGAUUAUUGUAUUUUAUCUGUCUUUUAGUUGAA